AUGGCAGGCGUACUGAUCCUUCUCUCAGCUCUCCUACUCGCCGCCGGCACACUCCCGGAACCACCAGAACUUCCGCCAACUUCGCCGGAGUCAUUAUCAACCACAAUUAGCUGUGCCGACGAACUGGUGGCGUUCUCGCCAUGCCUUCCGUACAUUUCCGAUCCACCUAACAAUAUCUCUGAUUCGCCUCCGUUUCAGUGUUGCGAUAACUUCUCGGCGGCAUUUAUGGAUAAUACUGCAAUUUGCCUUUGCUACCUCGUUCGCAACCCUCAGCUCCUCGGAUUUCCUAUCAGUUCUAUGAAGCUGUUGUCCCUAACUUCUAUGUGUCCCGUGGAGGAGAAAGAAGGGGCGGAGAAUCUGUCUCUCGAGUCUCUCUGUUCAGGUUCAACUACGCUGCCUCCUUUUAGAUCAGUAACAGCAGAUCACAGGGGUUCAAGUCCAAGACCAGUGCGUCCUACACCCCCUAGCUCUCCUAGACCACCAAGCACUCCAAAUCCAGGUGAUCAUGAUAACCCUUCACCUCAAGAUCCACCAGGAUCAGGCAGUUUACCACCUCCACCCUCCGAUGCUGAUGAUGAUCCUAGCCAUGAUUCUCAAGCCACAACAAAAUGUUCAUCAGCCAUAGAACUAAUGUGCAAUUACCGUCUAUGGGUUGCAUCUGCAAUGUCGAUUCUCCUGUAUCUCUCUUGCAAGCACCAACUUAGUUAAUAUUGUCUCUUUCAUGGCAUCAUAAACAGACAGUUUGAUUGGAAGAUAUUAAGUCAGAUCAGAAUUCUGUGGAUAGAUGUAAAACUACUGGCAAAAAGAUUCUUUGUUAAA